AUGUCGCGCGUCGGUGUCUUGGCCCAGAUCUCGGAUAUCACCCCAAAUCUAUUCCUCUCCGGGAUACAAUGCGUUCGUCCCGACAAGCUUCGUCAGAAGUCGAUUUCAUGUGUGGUCAACGCCACUAUUGAAGAACCACAGCAGCACAUUCCUGGCGUCGACUACUUGCGGAUACGCGUUGACGAUAACCCGUACGCGCCGUUGAGUGCGUACUUCGACUCGGCUGCGGACAAGAUUCGCUCCGUUGCGGACCGUGGCGGACGCACCCUGGUGCAUUGUAUGGCCGGAGUAUCCCGUAGUGCCACACUGUGCAUGGUGUAUCUGAUGAAACACGAGAAGAUGACCCUCCGCCAGGCCUACAACCAUGUGAAGAGCCGGCGACCCGUUGUCCGUCCCAACGUCGGCUUCUGGAAGCAAAUGGUCGAGUAUGAGAAGCGCUUGAGAGGCACAAAUUCUGUGCAAAUGGUGAUGACGAACCAAUGUGACCUGCCCAUUCCGGAUGUCUACUGUGAGAAUAUUAAGCAGAUUACCGUCAGAGAGUCAUCCCCGGCCAGCGUCUACAAGACCGCCCCGAGCACCGGCUAUCUCACCUCGAAGCGAAGCCGCUUCCUGACUAGCGCUUCUCGUGCAGCUUCAAUGCCUGGUCGGACAUCGGCAAGCUCGAGGCCAUCAUCCACGUCCCUCUUGCCAAUGACUCCGAAGUAUUCACUCGUCUCGCCGGCCCCGUCGCGCAAACCGCGUGAUACCAGUAUCUUCAGUAUGUACGCUUCGACACCGCGGACCCACUUCUUCUCAGCAUUU